AUGGGCUCUCUUUCGCAAGGAAACCACACUCUUGGAGACGAGUUCACCAAGGAUGUCAUCAGCUCCAUGGGACCCAAGACGGACCCUCGCCUGAGGGAGGUCAUGUCGUCGUUUAUCAAGCACGUUCACGACUUUGCCCGCGAGGUGCAGCUCACGACGGACGAGUGGAUGCUCGGCGUGCAGAUGAUCAACCAGGCCGGACAGAUGAGUGAUGCCAAGAGAAACGAGGGACAGCUGCUAUGCGACGUUAUUGGUCUUGAGUCGCUCGUGGAUGAUAUCACAUACCAGGCCGCCGUCAAGAGCGCCGGCUCUGCCACGGCUUCGGCCAUCCUGGGUCCGUUCUGGAGGCACGACACCCCCAUCCGUGAGAAUGGUACCACCAUUAGCUUCAACACUCCCAAGGACGGCCAGGUUGCCUUUUUGCACGGCCAAGUCACUUGCGCCGAGACUGGAAAGCCUCUGGCCAACGCCACAGUCGAGGCAUGGCAGGCGUCGACAAAUGGUCUUUACGAGCAGCAAGAUGAUGCCCAAAUAGAGCACAACCUGCGCGGCAAGUUUGUCACAGACGCACAGGGUCACUUUUCCUUUUACUGCCUGCGGCCGACACCGUACCCAGUCCCGGAGGACGGUCCGGCUGGCAAGCUGCUUAGACUCAUGGACCGCCACGUGUAUAGGCCUGCCCACAUCCACCUCAUUGCACAAGCAGAGGGAUUCAAGCCAAUUACAACACAGAUCUUUGACAGCAAGUCCGACUACCUGGACAAUGACUCCGUGUUUGCUGUCAAGGAUGGUUUGACUGUCGUGUUUGAGCCGCGCAAGAAUGACCCUCAGGCUGAGUGGGAUCUGAAGUACGAUCUCAGUCUGGCACCUGUCUCUUCCAACUAA